AUGUCUUUAAUUGGUCCAUCCGGAGAGGCUGCGAUUCAUGAUACCUCAAUAGAACUGUCAGAAGAACCAUUAGAAAACUAUUCCGAUGAGGAACUAAUCGAAAUCUAUGAAAUAAACGAAACAGUCAAUUGGAUCAAAACCAAUGAUUAUCAUAUCAUCGGACUUCAAUUCCCUGAUCAUCUGUUACCGAUCUCAGUUCGAAUUUUUAAAUUACUUAGAUCUAGGCUUCCAGCUUCAAAUGAUGAUAAGGCGGUUGAAAUUUAUCUCAUGGCUGAUACUACUUAUGGUAGUUGCUGUGUGGACUGUUUGGCCGCUCAGCAUGUCGCUGCUCAGGCAAUUGUUCACUAUGGACCGGCCUGCCUUACCACGAUAGCCAAUUUGGCCGUCUACUACGUUUUACCUCGACUACCCUUGGACGAUUCUUCCAUACUUCAAGUCGCAACAGAGCUUUAUUCGGGCUUCAAGGCGUCAUUAGAACGAGACAAAGAUACUGAGGACGGUAAAGAACUUCAGCUUGUGCUAAUGUAUGAUGUUGGUUACCACUGGAAAGUAGGUAAGUCUUUUACUCUUCAUAGCUCGUUUUGUUGCUCACAAAUAAAACAUCUGGACAAACACAGACCAAACGCACCACUGCGGCCCAAUCUUAAUGACCCAACUGUCGAUGUCGACUCACCGGUAAUUGACACAUCCUCCUAUGAUGCAAUCCUCUACCUAGGGCCCUGUUCAAGACGUCUUACCCAUAUUAUGCUCACUCACUCAAGCAUACCGAUCUUUGCACUUGACCCAUCUUCUUCUCCUUUGGCUUGUCAAUCACAAGUCCCAUUAGCCAAAAAACUACUGAUGAAACGUUAUGCAACAAUUCAACGAGCACGUGAUGCUGAUGUCUUUGGAAUUCUGAUCGGUACACUUGGACUGAAACAUGAUCUUGAACUGAUCCAUCGAACAAAAUCACUGAUUGAAAAACAAUUUAAAAAGAAAAGUUAUAUAAUUUCAGUUGGAAAAUUAAAACCAGAAAAGUUGAUUAAUUUUAUUGAAAUCGAAUGUUGGGUUUUGAUUGCUUGUCCUGAACAUUCACUUUUAGAUGAAGGGAUUAGUGUCACUAGAUCAAAACAAUUCAAUGUUCCUGUUAUAACACCAUGGGAACUUGAUCUUGCUCUUAAAGGUUCAUCUUCUAUUCGUCCUAGACAAUGGGAUGGUCAUUAUGUUUUGGAUUUUGAUGGUUUGAUUUCUAUUUGGGAUAAAGAUAGAUGUGAUCCUUUGGUUGGAUCAAAGCAAUCGAAAGACCAGGAUGCUACAGAUGUAUCAGAUGAUGAUGAUGCACCUGUAUAUUCUAUGAUCACUGGUACAUACAAACAUAGAAAGAAAUGGAAUACUGGGACCAGUCAAAACUGUAAGUGUAAAGAAUCUGGUACAUUGACAAUCAGAGAUAAUAAACAGGAAUUAAUUAAAUUGGUGAAUGGAGCAGCAAGUGAAUAUGCAUUAAAUAAAAGAACUUAUAAUGGACUUGAACCUAGGAUCGGACUUGAUCAUCCUAGUCAAAUGGAAAAAGGUAGGUUUGGAAUCGCUCAAGGUUAUGGUGAUGAUCAUGUACCGGGAAAUCCGUGA